GGACGCGUGUCAGGAUGGCAGCAGUUUCUACAGAUUAUUCAGGGCAAGGGUCCACCAAGAUAACUCCUGAAGUGUUCCAGGAGAUGCUCCAGUACUACAACCUGAGCCGCCAGGACUUCAUCAACACUUACAAAAUCCGGCCGCUCGUUUACAUCCCUGAGUUACCGUACAGCGCCAAGACCACCUUCGUAAUCAUGUACAUUCUUAUUUUCGUCCUGGCUCUGGCUGGAAAUAGUUUGGUCAUCUACAUAGUUGUGAAGAAGCGGGCGACACAGACGGCGACAGAUAUUUUUAUUUGCUAUUUGGCGGUCAGCGACCUGCUCAUCACUUUCUUCUGCAUACCUUUCACUUUGCUGCAGAACAUCUCGUCUGAAUGGUUCGGCGGGGUUCUGGUUUGCAAAACAGUUCCCUUUGUGCAGACCACAGCCAUAGUGACAGGCAUCCUCACAAUGACCUGCAUUGCCAUCGAGAGAUACCAGGGCAUUGUCUUCCCCCUGAAAAUGAGGAGGCAGUACUCGUCCAAGAGAGCACAUAAAAUGCUAGGGCUGGUUUGGAUUGCCUCUGUGAUAGUGGGUUCACCAAUGCUGUUUGUGCAGCAGCUAGAGGUGAAGUACGACUUCUUGUACAAUCACUACCACAUCUGCUGUCAGGAGAGUUGGCGCUCUCUGACUCACAGGCAGGUGUACACCACCUUCAUCAUGGUGGCUCUUUUCCUGCUCCCAUUGGCAGCCAUGCUUUUCCUCUACACACGUAUUGGCAUUGAGUUGUGGAUCCGCAAAAGGGUGGGCGACUCCUCAGUCCUCAACACCAUGAACCACAGGGAGAUCAAUAAGAUCUCAAGGAAAAAGAAAAGAGCCGUUAAAAUGAUGAUCACUAUCGUUCUGCUAUUCACCAUUUGCUGGGCACCAUUCCACACAGUCCACAUGCUGUUUGAGUACUAUGACCUGGAGAACAAAUAUGACGGAGUCACACUAAACAUGAUCAUCGCCAUUGUUCAGGCCAUCGGGUUCUUUAACAGCUUCAACAAUCCCAUCGUCUACGCGUUCAUGAACGAGAACUUCAAGAAGAGCUGCGUCUCCACCCUCUCUCACUGCAUUCCAAAGCCUUACCAGCAGGGCGGCGCCGUGGUGGCGUCCAAACUCAGCGUGCAGUUCAUCAAACCCAAAAGCAGAGAAGCCUUCCUGGAAUCAGAAGAAGGCGAUAGCUCGAAGCGGGACUCGGCAGAGAAAGGACCUUCACGUUCAUCCCAUGGAGAGAGCUCGUUGGAAAUAAUAGGAGAAAAAAUCUUCACCAUCCAAACAGAGCUCCAUGCAAACAACUCCUCUCAAGUCAAAUGAGAAACGAAUCCAAGUUGAGCUGUUUAGCCGAUGAAUUCAACCCUCA